CACCUCCCUUUACCCUAACUGCUUUUCUAUGGUCUGGUCGCAGUGAGAGAGACGCUGUGUAUGUGUGACCACAGAGGGCUGCUGCGUCUCCUGAUGUCAGGCACAGACAUGUGUGAGCAGAGCUGAGGAACUCAAGCACCUCUCAGAGUUUAGUGUUCCCGCUUCAUCUUCCAGCCUGGUGAGGUCACACCGCCUCUGGAUACGGGACUCAUCUUUCUUCUGCCGGGACAUUCUGGAUUUAAAUGAUGGUUCAUUAGAAAAGGAGCUGAAGGUCGAGGUGUGAUAAAGUAGAGAAGAAAGCACAAAAGAAAAGAAAAAGAAGCCAACAUGAACCCCAUACGGAAAGAUAUGGAGCUGCUGAGUAACAGCAUGGCUACUUACGCACAUAUAAAAGGGAACAUGGAGAGCUUUGCGCUGUACUUCAUGUUGGGCGUGUGUUCAGGUCUUCUGCUGGCUCUGGUCCUCCUCAUACUGGGCAUCACCUGCCGACCGCGUUCAAAGACAAAAACGCCCUCCACACCAGACAAGAGACGACUAAAAGAUUCCAGCGAGGAGGAGGAAGACAAGGAAGAAGAUGACAGUGAGGCAGGAGACGACGAGGACCUAGAAGUCCCAGUGCUCACCGUGAGUCCCCUGAGCGAUCAGACCCAGCUGAACGGAACCAUUAGGAGCGUCAAUGUGUUUGCUUCAGCGGAAGAGCUUGAGAGAGCCAGAAGACUGGAGGAGAGAGAACGAAUCGUCAGGGAGAUCUGGAGGAACGGACAGCCGGAUAUACUCGUCACCGGCACAGGAACACUCGGUCGAGUUCACUAUCUCUAGUAGCGUGUCUUAUCUUCUGGACGCAGUUGUUUCAUGCAUACAGAGAACCACACCUGGUGACAGCAUUGAAUUUGAAAUGUUCCUCACAACUAAUUUUUUUCUCAUCACCAUAUGCAGAUAUGAAAUGCCUCACAGGACAUUUAUCUGCGCAAGUGAUUUAGGUGUAAUAUACCUUUAAAAAGGGAAGGAGUGAGAGUUUGAUUUGCAUAUUUCUGUUUUGAGGUUGAUUUCACAAGCCCUUGUCUUCUGAAUGAGCAUUUGUAAGUUUUUAUGGAUCACUUUUUUCUUUUGCAUUUUUUUAUAUCCAUAAAUACAUUUUAAAACUUAAAUGUUUGUAUAUAUACACACUAUGUACUUUUAAAAUAAAAACAAAACCAAAUAUUUACACCCAAUCUUCACACAUGGUGCAUAAGUGAGAAAUGAGACGCAGCCCUUCACCUUCCAUUAUUUGCUAAAUUUUUCAACUAUCUCUCCUCCGGUUUCCUUUUUCCAUAUCCCUAUUCCCCCAUCUUAAAAAAAAAAGGAUACAAUAAAUAAUCAGAAGAUAAUCCACCUAGAACUGUAGUUGCACAAUUAGAUGUAUUAGACAAAUUUAAAAGCCCAAAUAAUACAGAAGAAAUAAUAGGAGGCACAAAAACAGGCUUUUAAACCCUCAGGAAUGCUUUUAUAAAUUGAGCAAAGAGUGCCAUUGGACAGUUCCAUUAAUUAAAUUGCAGAAAGGUAUUUAGCAACAUAAAAUGGAUGUUCUUUGCAAAUGUGAUUAACAGAAAAACAACAAACAAAUUAAAGGGGUCCUUGAUUAUGAUUUCACUUUUUAAACUCGAGUUAUUGUGUACAGAAAUCGCUUUUUAAGGACUACAACAAAUG